AGAACGAGCAGGUGGCGGUUAGUGUUUCUCAAGCAAGAUGGGUGACGUGCUUGAUAAUUCAAAUUGUUUAACCUACGUAAGAAAGCCCUACGUAACUGCUUUCAUCUGCCUGAGCGAAACAAGUUUUCGAAGUGUGUCUGCCUCUUCUUGAGUGUCAAAGCAUUUGAAUAUUGAUUGCAUAUACUUACUUUGAAGUGGACGAUGUUACCGCUGCUGCUUCUACGUCAAGGGACGACUUUUCGCUAGUGGAAGCAAACGCUUUUUACAGGAAGCUUGAGCGUCGAAGCAAAGAAACUCUUGUUCUGCAAUUAUAAAAGUAGAACCUGAACGAGGACGCAUAACCUGAACGAGACUUGGUUGAUCUAGUGACGCCUACAAGCCACUUCCAAGAUGAAGCUCGUCAAUUUUUUGAUGAGGUUGAACAACGAAACCGUUCAAAUAGAGAUGAAAAAUGGGACGGUUGUGCAAGGAACAAUGACAGGUAUGCUCUCCCACAACCUCGCUUCUUUAAUGAAUCUCUCUUCUACGUACUAGCAAACCAAAAUGAAAUAAAAUCUAGUAAAAGAACUCAUCAAACUCAAACUGAAAUUCACGACACUUCUCCAUCAAGGUUGCGACACAUCAAUGAACACGCAUGUGAAGAAUGUGACGAUGAUAGUGCGACGACGGCCAGCAGUGACACUGGAGCAUCUGACAAUAAGGGGACCGACAAUAAGAUACAUUUUCCUCAACGAAGAGUUGGACCUGGACAAAAAGCUGCUGGAUGAUGGUAAUAUUUCAAAAUUUUGAAGUAGUACUAAAAAUGAGAUCUAGAAGUACGUAGUACUAAAAAUCCUCGAUCGAGGAACAAAAAAAUUCAACCCUCACAACAGCUGUCAAGGAAAGGACGAAACCCCCAAAACGCAAACGCGGUCGUCGCGGGUUCGGCGCAGUCGCGCCUAAAGGUGUUGGGAUCGGGAAAGGAAAAGGGAAAGGAAAGAAAUAGGCAGAUUGUACCGAACGCAGUCUUCUGAGACUUCGAUGAGAUGACGACACUGAAAUAAGAGUAACCAACAUAAUAUUAACGAUAUCAAAACCACCAUCACCCCGUGACCUCCUUCGCCCCCUCAUAGUAUUGAUUAUCAUUGGUCUCUGUUGCUUGUACCUGUAAGAUGCAACUUUACAACCAACUGUUCAUGGGAAAUAGUGAAAUCGCCGUGAUUUUGGUAUGUUCACGACAUGGGACCAAAAUUUGAAAGGCAGCAGGUCGUUGCCCCGAACCGCAUGAUACAGAAGAU